GCGCGCUCUCGAAUAAUACGGAAAUGUACCUCCUUUACCGCGACGACCACGACCGCGAUAACCGUUGCCGCGAGCUCGCGCACGUCGGCGACGAAUCGUUUCGGUAGGGCAGCAGCAGAGCAGUUCGGGUGUGAAAUCCAUAAGGCCGCGAGAAAAACGCGGGACGAGCGCGUAUCGUCGCGUGACCGCUUGUACACGACGGCGGCGCAACACGCCAACCGGGUCGCCCGCGCGGUUCGGUUUUGUUUUUAAAACUUCCGUCGGAGUUCGGUGACGAUAGCAAUAUGACGGGUGUGUGAAUCGCGCCGGAAACGUCGUGUGAACCGCACUACGACUGUGUGGCGUCCGAGUAACAACAAUUUGAAACCGGCGACGACGUUCGCGCGCGUCCCUCGCCCGGGUCGCAGUAACGUUACGCGGUCCCCCCGAAUGGUGUACCACUAACAUUACGUUUCGCCGUGUCCUCCCGAGUUUUGUUUCGAAAAACGACGGUGCGCGCAAAAUUUAAUAAAAUGAGCGACAAAACGUCAGAAUCGACUGUAGAGGAAACGCUCUGCGGAAUAGGGUUCUUCAAGCCUAAAUGGCUUCAGGUGUUUGCCAGUAAAAAAGCAUAUGUGAUCGUAUACGGGAUUUUGGGAUUCAAUCAAUUGAUGUUGUCUUCGUAUUUCAACGGUACACUGACCACAAUGGAGAAAAGAUUCAAGUUCUCUAGUCAGAUGAGUGGUAUCAUUUCAAGCUUCUGGGAUCUGUUCUCACUUUUAUCGUUCCUAAUCACGUCGUAUUUUGCUGGCAAAGGUCAUCGGACUCGAUGGUUAGCCAUCGGUUUCAUGUUCAUUGGUCUAUCUUGUUUUAUCCGUCUCUUGCCUCAUAUUAUCUACGGGCCAGGCAAGGAGGCCCUUCAAUACACCGUCGAAUAUAGCAACAACGUGAAUUCGGCUUUAUUACUGAGCAACAUGACAAAACAAAACGACAAUCUCUGCGACGCCGUACCAGCGGUGGACGACUGUCGAAACGAACACGGAUGGAACAUGGCGGCCGUGCUGUUGUGCGCGACGAACGCGAUACUCGGCAUGGGCUUUUCUCUGUACUGGACGUGCGGCGCCGCGUACCUGGACGACAACGUGCGCAAUAACGUGAUGCCCAUGCUGCUGGCGAUCGUGCAUUGCAUACGAAUGUUGGGGCCCCUGUUCGGCUACAUGUUGGCGGCGUACACGCUAACAAAAUUCAUCGAACCUUCUCUGACGCCGACCAUAACCAACGAAGAUCCCAGAUGGGUCGGCGCAUGGUGGAUGGGUUGGUGUAAAAUUUGCACUCUUAAAAUCCGUUGGACGCCCAUUGGCAUCAGUUGUCUCGCGUUCUCGACGACAAUGCUACUGUUUCCGAGGACGUUACCGAGAGCGGCUGCCCGUAAAAAAGAAAAAUCCGAAAAAAUAACGAAACCCAUUUCGACCGAUUUCGUAACGUCCAUAAAACGGAUUCUGACCAACCGAAUACUGUUGUUCGGCUCGGCGAGCAACUCGUUCUUCGUGCUGGGUCUGAUAGGGUACUGGACGUUCAUGCCCAAGUACAUGGAAACACAGUUCCGGCAGACGGCCGCCAAGUCGAAUUUCGCGUCGGGUGCCAUAGGCAUACUGAGUUCCGGUCUGGGCGUAAUCACUUCCGGCAUGAUCAUUUCGAAAUUCAAACCGCCGCCCCGGUCGCUGGCCCUCUGGAACUUCGUGUCGCAGUCCCUGGAAGUCAUUGGCCACCUGCUGUACAUAUCUCUCGGGUGCACGAUGGACAAUUUGCACGGACAAUGGAACUCGGAUAGAACGUGGAACCUGACCAUGGACUGCAAUGCGGACUGCAACUGCGGACAGUCGAUGCGCUACAAUCCCAUUUGUUCGUUUGACCGGUCCACGACGUUUUAUUCACCGUGCUACGCGGGCUGCGCCCAAGAGUCAACGGUUACCGGUGGCGUUAAAACUUACAGCAACUGCACGUGCAUCGGCGGUUUGGGAACGGCGAACGAAGGGACGUGUCCGAUCGACUGCACUCGAGACUUUAUCAUAUUUCUCGUAGUGAUGGGCAUGAUGAGGUUCUUGUCGUCCUCCGGCCGUGCAGGUUCUACCAUUAUCCAUUUCAGGUGUGUAAGACCAGAGGACAAGUCGUUAUCAUUGGGUUUCGCGGAAGUGGUCUUGGCACUGGUGGCGUUCUUGCCCGGUCCCGUGAUGUACGGCACAAUCGUCGACACCACGUGCUUGGUAUGGGGUAGGAAAUGCGGGACCAACGGCAACUGUUGGCUGUACGACGGAAACCGAUUGAAAUACUAUUUGAACAUUACUAGUGCCUGUUUCCUGACUGUCGGCACAUUGUUGGACAUCGGCGUUUGGUACAACGUCAAAGACUUGAAAAUCUAUGAUGAUGAUGGUGACGGUGGAGGCGGUGGCAUCGGCCACAACGUUGACGAAAAACCGUUGCCGGUGGACACAAACAGCAAUACUGACAUGGUGAAAUUCAACAGUUCGUCCGGCAACGUGAAACUGUAAGAGGAAGAAAGAAUAAGCUCGCGAACUACUGCAUUACUUGUACAUAUUUUUCUCUGCGUAUAGUUCUCGCUCGCUUAAAUAAAAUAUCGAAAGGAACACGAUAUGUGUGAAUGUGUAUGCCGAUUUUAUGAAAAUGUGUCAAAACUAUUUCGUGAAAUCGAAAACGUCCGUGUAGAAAAGCGAUAACUACAUAUUUUUUUAUAAUUGUUCUUUUGGUUUUUUGUAUUUUUUUUUUUUUUUUUUUUAUUGGAUUCUUUAUCCGUGUAAAAACAAUACUCAUUCGUUUAUGAAAUAUACCACGUUUGGUGCUGUUCGGUGGCUUUUUAUUUUCUCGGAUUUCAACAAUCUAUAAAGAAACUAAUAAACUGAGAAAUCAUGAGAAAAAUGUAUUGAAAAAAGUUAGUUUAAUUAUUAUUACAUUAUAUAAACCAAGAUAUUUAU